CGGCUCCCAGGGAGGCGCAUGCGCGGGGGCGCGGCUGGGCCUGAGCGGAGAGCAGCAGCAAGACCCCGCGGCGCCCCGAGCCGGAGCGCGAGCCCGCGGCGGACCAUGCUGUGGUUCCGCGGCGCCAUCCCGGCCGCUAUCGCCGCCGCCAAGCAGCGCAGCUCCGUCUUCGUCGUGUUCGUGGCAGGUGAUGAUGAACAAUCUACGCAAAUGGCUGCUAGUUGGGAGGAUGAGAAGGUGACUGAAGCAGCCUCGGAGGGUUUUGUUGCUAUUAAAAUACAUACCAAAAGUGAAACAUGUCUACAAUUUUCGCAGAUCUAUCCUGUAGUGUGUGUUCCAUCCAGUUUCUUCAUAGGAGACAAUGGGGUUCCCUUGGAAGUAAUUGCUGGCAGUGUCUCUGCUGAGGAGCUUAUCACUAGAAUCCACAAAGUGAAACAGAUGCACACAGUAAAAAAUCAAGCACUGGAAAACGAGAGUCAGUCGUCUGCUCCAUGUCCUUCUCUUCAGACUAAUAGCCCUUCAGAAAAUGUUUGUUCCAGAGCAGAUGAGCUUUGUACAAUGCAGCCUGAGACUGUAAGCUCUUCUGCAGAUAAAGCAUGUGCAGAUCAGGCGAGUCAGCCUCAAGAUGCAAGUAGUUCUUCAGAUGAGAGAGUGACUGAUCUUCAGCCUGUGAAUGACCUUGCAGUCAAAGUGGAAAGGCUAACAAAAAAGCUUGAAGAAAGACGAGAAGAGAAAAAGAAGGAGGAAGAACACAAAGAAAUUAAAAAGGAAAUUGAACGAAGAAAAACUGGGAAAGAGAUGCUGGAGUACAAGAGACGACAAGAAGAAGAAUUGACAAAACGAAUGUUAGAGGAAAGAAACAGAGAGAAGGCGGAAGAAAAAGCAGCAAGAGAGCGUAUAAAACAGCAGAUUGCAAUGGAUCGUGCUGAAAGAGCAGCUCGCUUUGCAAAGAAUAAGGAAGAAGCAGAAGCUGCCAAGGCUGCAGCUCUCCAAGCUAAGCAGGCUGAAAUAGAAGCAAGGAAGGAAGCAUCUCAAAAGGAAAGGAGUGCUAUAGCAAGGAUUCAGUUCCGUCUCCCAGAUGGAUCUUCCUUUACUAAUCAGUUUCCUUCAGAAGCACACUUGGAAGAAGCUAGGCAAUUUGCUGCACAGACAGUUGGCAACACUUAUGGCAACUUUUCCUUGGCCACAAUGUUUCCCAGAAGGGAGUUUACCAAAGAAGAUUAUGGAAAGAAAUUAUCAGAGCUAGAGCUUGCACCAAGUGCUUCAGUAGUAUUGUUGCCGGCUGGAAGACCAGCAACAUCAGUGGUACAGGCCUCGGGUGGAGACUUUUGGAAAUUCCUGGGCACAAUACUUUAUCCACUCAUUGCUGUCUGGAGGCUUAUUAGCAACUUCAUAUUUACCAGUCCUCCCCCCUCACAAUCUACAGUGAGAACAGCACAUCAGCAAGAACAUUCAAAUCCUUCAACAUCCAGCAGUAUGGAGCCAAGCAGGCAAGCAGUUAGAAAACGAGUGCUGGAAAAGCGUGGGGAGGACUUUAAAAAAGAAGGCAAAAUAUAUAGAUUGAGGACUCAAGAUGAUGGAGAAGAUGAAAACAAUACUUGGAAUGGAAAUUCAACCCAGCAAAUGUAGUUUUGAGUAAUGGUGCAAUAAUCAUUGGGUUUGUUUUGUUUUUUCCUUAUUUGAUUUAAGCAAACUAAAAUUUCUGCUGGAGACAUAAGGCUUAUAUCUUAAACUGACUCAGCCACACUACUUCUAUUCCUGCCAUGGGGUAUGAAGUUGCCUAAAUCAAAAAUCAA